UGUGCAAUCGAUUGAUGAUUUAUCUAGGUUCGAGGGUCCGUGGCUUGUUACAAGACAGAGAGCGAAUUGAUGUUUGCGGGUCCUCGUUGACCCGAUCACGCAACUGGAUGAGACCUGAGCGCAACGCGGAAACCAUCCAUGUGCUUGAUAAUCGCGUGCCAAGCACAGAUUGGUCGGCAAUAUUGACUACAACCUUUAUGGCGAACAAUGCUUGAUAAUUAUCAAGAACCUCGACGGAGAAAUUCCGUGAAAGGGUAUUAUGGGAGUGAAAUCUUCUGCAGAUAUAAAGCUUGAGUGCCUGUCGAGCAACAGAAGAAGCAUCAGCCCCAAUCGUCUGCCAUUAUCCUCUGUUCAAGAGAGACAUUGCUAUCAUGAAGUUUUGCGAGACAAUAUUUGCACUGGCUUUCACAGCCCCUGCCUUUUCUGCCAUUUUACCUCUCCCAAACUCCUUUCCCGGACACGCGGUCGAUAUUGACAACAGAACCCUGGAUCAGAUCUACGCUGUUGCCAGAAACGAAACUGGCGAGCUCAUAGUGCUUUGGGGCGGUGACGGUGGGUGUCCAGACAAAUCUCUGUGCUCUUUAGGAAGGUUCGCUGACAGCAAUCUUGCAGAAAUCAGCCAAGGCGACCCAACUAUUGCUGCCUGGAAAGCCAGAUUCCCGGAUGUCAAGCUGAACUUGACCGUCGAUGUGUCUAAAUAUCACGAUAGCCGUGUCAAUCGACAGUAUCAACGUAACGGCGAUGACGGUGCUGAUAUCGCUGUUCUGCAGACCCUGCAUGACUUUGGUAGAUGGAAGCGCGAGGGCAGACUGUACCCCUACAAGCCUGCUGAUUGGGACAACGUCUACUCUGCCAUCAAGGACCCUGAGGGUAAUUUUCUCGGAGCUUUUAUUUACCAAUUUGGCGACUUGAUCUAUAAUACUGAUCUCUUGAAUGAGACGGAGGUGCCCUCGAUCUUUGGCGAGUUGAUCAACCCUGUCUGGAAAAGUAAGCUCGCAUUGACCUACCCCAAUGACGAUGAUGCUAUCACCUAUCUCUUCUCCAUCAUCAUCGAGAACUACGGUUGGGAGUGGUUCGAUACAUUGCUUCAGCAAAAUAUUCAGUGGAUUCGCGGUACAGGCCAACCUGCCGACCUUAUCAGCCAGACCAAUACUACACGCGCCCUCUCUUUCACAACAAACCUCAACGGCGCGGAAAACCUGGCCAGCAAGACCCCCAGCGAUGCCCGUGUCCUCUGGCCGCAGACCGGUGGCAUCUUCACCACAACCUCCCGUCCUGAAAGUGCCAAACUCUUCAUGAGUUGGCUCGUCAGCGAUGAGUAUCAGCAGCAAUUUGUCGACACUGGUUCCUACACAGUACGCAAAGACCUCGAAUCAACCUCUGGCAGUGUGUGGGACGACAAAGUGACCCCCCUUACGCAAUUUGCGACCUUCAUGGAGAACCGCGAUCUGGUCGAGUGGUGGAGACUGCAAUUUGAAACGUCGAUUGGGACUGCUCAGGGCUUGAGUCCUGUGUUGUCCGAAUAUGGGCGUCGGACCACAUUGUAAGGGCCAGGCACACUCCUCGGACACCUCUACUUGUCUUCUAAAGCCUAUUGAUCGUCACUGAAUAAUGAUUCGUGAUGAUCAGAGAUGCGACGUCUACACACCAAGUUUACACAUCAAAAAUUGUAAAGGGGACUGAGAAGAGAGUAUGGUAAUAAGGAGACUCGUUGAAAGGCAGGAAUGUCAUGAUCCUCUAAAAGCAUGUUCG